AUGGACACCUCGCGGCUCCUGCUGCUCUUCGCACUCCUGGCCUCCCAGAUCCGGGUCCUGGCCCGAACCCCGGGAUCCCAUGUCUCCUCCUCGGCCCCAGAAAGCUCUUCCCAGGGCGCAGGCUGGCGAGUGCCUUCCAGCAAGGUCACCAGAUGGACACUUCUGGAUCGUUCCCCAGGUUCCAAGGAUCCCAUAGGGUCGGAAGCCCUGCGCUCCCCAGGCCUGUCGGGUUCCCUGUGGGCCAAUGUGUCUGCAGUCGAAGACCCAAUGUGGAAAUUCCCUGCGGAGACCCUGGCUCCCACCUUCCCUGAGACCACUGCGUCUGAGAUCGCGACCCAAGCACCUGCCAAAGGCGACGGGCCUGCCCUCCCGGAGUCCGAUGUCGCCCCUCAGGGCCCCGCCGAUUACAACGUGUCCCCCGAGCCGCUGGGCGUCCCCGCGGAAGCCCACCCAGCCCCCAUCUCCCCCCAUCAAGUCGGCGGGCCCCUAGCGGUGCUGGUGGGCACUACCAUCCAGCUCCCGCUGGUCCCCGCCCCCGGGCCCGGGCCCCCCGCCCCACUGGUGGUCUGGCGCCGCGGCUCCACAGUGCUGGCGGCCGGAGGCCUAGGGCCCGGGGCCCCGCUCAUCAGCCUGGACCCGGCCUACCGAGACCGCCUGCGAUUCCACCGGGUGGGGGGCAGUCUGGAAAUCGCAUCCGCCCAGCUGGGCGACUCGGGGGUCUACACAGCCGAAGUCAUCCGGGCCGGGGUCUCCCUGCAGAGUCGGGAGUUCACAGUGGGCGUGUAUGAGCCCUUGCCCCAGCUGGUGGUGCAGCCCCGGGCUCCGGAGACCGAGGAGGGGGCGGCCGAACUCCGUCUGCGCUGCGUGGGGUGGAGACCUGGGCAUGGGGAGCUGAGCUGGAGCCGUGACGGGCGCCCCCUAGCGGCGACGGACGCAGAGGGCGCGGAGCCGCCCCGGGUCCUCGCGAAGGACGACCAGCUGGUCAUCCGGCGCCCGGUGCGCAGCGACCAUGCCCGCUACACCUGCCGCGUCCGCAGCCCCUUCGGCCACUCGGAGGCGGCGGCCGAUGUCAGCGUCUUCUACGGCCCGGACCCGCCGACCAUCGCGGUUUCCUCGGACCGCGACGCCACCCCCGCCCUCUACGUCACCGCCGGCAAUCUGCCCCCUGGGUCCCCACAGUGCUCAGUGGAAGGGAGCCCAGGCGACCUCAACCUCCAUUUCCGCUGCUCAUGGCUUGGCGGGGUUCCUGCAGCCUCCAUACAGUUCCAGGGUCUCCCUCAGGGCAUCCGAGCGGGACCAGUGCCCUCUACGCUCCUGGCAUCAGUCCCUGCCCACCCCCGGCUCAGCGGCGUCCCUGUCACCUGCCUUGCGCAUCACCUGAUGGCCACGCGCACCUGCACCAUCACCCCGGAGGCCCCCCGAGAGGUGCUGCUGCACCCCAAGGUGGAAGAGACGCGGUCAGGGGAGGCCGUGGUGGCGCUGGAGGCCUCAGGAUGUCACCCGCCCUCCAGAGCAUCUUGGGCCCGGGAGGGGCGGCCCCUGGCUCCUGGGGGCGGAGGCCGCCUGCGGGUCAGCCCAGACGGACGCAGGCUCUCCAUUGGCAACUUCAGCCUGGACUGGGACCUGGGAAACUACUCGGUGCUGUGCAGUGGGGCCCUGGGAGCGGGCGGCAACCACAUCACCCUCACUGGACCCUCCAUCUCCUCGUGGAUGCUGCAGAGAGCCCGAGACGGGGCUGUGCUGACCUGGGACGUGGAUCGUGGCGCGCUCAUCAGUAGCUUUGAGAUCCAGGCGCGAUCAGAGGGUCCUGACCUGGGAAGGGCCACCACCUACACGAAGUGGGUCUCCUUGCUCAUCCUGGGGCCUCAGGAACGCUCGGCAGUGCUGCCCCUGCCCCCUCGCAGCCCUGGGACCUGGGCCUUGCGCAUCCUGCCCAAGCUGGCAGGCCAGUCGGGGAUGCCUUCCCAGAGCCGGGUUUACCAGGCAGGUCCCAACCUGGGUCCCUGGGCCAUCGCUGGCAUCGUUCUAGGCUCCCUACUGGGCCUGGCGCUCCUCGUGGCACUUCUGGUCCUGUGCGUCUGCUGCCUGUGCCACCUUCCCGGAAAGACUCUUAAGAUGAAGAGGCCCCCCACUCUGACCCCGGUGGUCUUCCUACCGGAGAAGAAGAAGCAGGGGAGUGUGACCGAAGUGGAGACCCCUCAGUCUCUGGCCCUCAAAGUCCCCAUGGAGAAUCCUAGUCCAGCCAGGACCUACCAAAGCCUUCGAACACUGCCCAAGUUCUUCAUCUGA